AUGUUUCUACACUUUGUAGAUAUUGCGGUGGUGAACAGCUUCAUAAUCCACAAGGAGAUGGCAGAGGCAAAGAAUCAGAGGCCCCUCACCCAGAAGAUGUUCAGGGUGCUUCUGUGUGACCAGCUGUCAUCCACUUCCGGGCUAGGCCCUGUCAUGGGCAACCGCUAUCUGGGCAAAGCAGGGUCCCGAAUGCUCCAGUUUCUGGGCUUUUCGGGCAUUGAUGCUGCAGGCCGCCAUUGCUCCUGCUCCGUGGAGGACGGCUGCCUCUACCCCUGCUUUGCCGAUGACGGCUGUUCGAAGGCCGCAGUUCUCGAAACCACCAGUCCCAGUGCACCAGGCAGCCCGGGUGCCGCAGUUCCAGAUGCCGCCUGCCUGGAUGCUACCAGCCCCGUCGCACCAGGCAGCCCGGAUGCCGAAGCCCCAGAUGCCGCCAGCCCAAGUGAACCAGGCAGCCCGGAUGCCGAUGCCCCAGAUGCCGCCAGCCCGAGUGAGCCAGGCAGCCUGAAGGCCGACAGCCUGGAUGCCGCCAGCCCAAGUGAACCAGGCAGCGCGGAUGCCCCCAGCCCUAGUGAACCAGGCAGUCCAGGUGCCGCGACUACCCCAGCCACUGGCCCUACAACCCCAGGCGUCGCUGACCCGGCAACCCCAGCCACCGCUGGUGCUGCAACCCCGACCUCAUCCCCUGGUGACGUCUUCCAGAGCCUGGCCAAGGAGAGGUGCUAA